AUGUUGCCGGAAUGUUGUGAUGAUCAUUCGUUUGACGAUUUAUGUGUCACGGUUCGUAAAAACGAAACAACAAUCAUUAUUGUAUGUGUCUACUUCCCCCCGAAUUCAACCAUUCAAUCAUAUCAGAAUAUUGCAGAUAUCCCAGAAAUUAUUGAAAGAAAGCAUAAGCGGGUUAAGUUUCUCAUUGCUGGGGACUUUAAUUUGCCAAUCGUGAGUUGGAACGACGACGACCGCUUGCUGGUGCCAUCGGAUCUUUCAUCACCAGUGGCAGGAGCACUGAUGUCUGGCAUGUUUAUCAACGAGCUGCAACAAAUGCAUUUUUCUUCAACAAAUCUUCCUAUUCUUAAAGAUGACGAUGAUUGA